AUGGCCGACGACUACGAGCUCGCGGCCCUCCACGAGCAGGUCGCCCUCGCGUCCUCCGCCGCCGUCUCCGCCUCGGACCUUGACCUUGCCUUCCAAUUGCAGGUCUCGGAGGCCAUCGAAGCAUCCCUCCGCACCACCAGCAGUAACCCCUCUUCCAGUACCGCCGCCGCCGCCCCCUCAUUCCAGCCGGCCCCUGUGCUCGAGUCUUCGGACGUCGCGUACGCGCUAGCGGUCCACGCCGCGGACCUGGCGCGCGCGGAGGAGGACCGGCGCGACGCGCAGGGCUGCCGCGCGGCCCACGCGCAGGCGGCGGCCGCCGUCCGCGUGGCCGCCCACGACGCGGUCUUCGCCCGCGAGCUCGCCGCCAUCCCGGAGGGCCAGUGGGCCCGCGACAGCGACAACUUCGAGCGGCCGCUGGACCCAGGCCGGCCUCUCUUCCGCGUCCUCUUCAAGGGCCUGUCGAGCAGGGGCGUCGUGGGGCCGCGGGACCGGGACCCUGGCGUGGCGGCGCUGGCUGUGGCCUUGUGCAAUCACCAGGGGAAUGUGGUGCUGAGGGUACAGAAGCCGGUGGAGGCGUCCGCGGGCGGGCGCAUGACGCUCGAGGUCAUGGCGCUCACCGAAGGCCUGCAGGAGGCGCUCGGGCUGGGUAUCCGAAGCGUCAAGAUUGUCACCGAUUACAGGGUGCUUCACAACCAUUUGCUUGGAAUGUGGCGUCCGACACAGAAGAAGCUUGCAGAUAUGGUAGAUCAGGUCCUGUCCUUAAGGAAGAAAUUCGAGCAAUGUGAAAUCUUACUUGUUGAACCAAGGCAACUAGACUACGUGAUGAAACUAGCCAGAGAAUCGGUAGAGUCUCAGCUUGCCAAAGCUAUUACUGUGAAUGCUGGCAUGGAUAUGAGAGAGAAUUGUGCAAUCUGCCUUGAAGACACCGAUGUUUCUAAAAUUCAUGCUGUUGAAGGUUGUGCACAUCUUUGCUUCUCCUGCAUGAAGGAGCACGUGAAAGUUAAGCUGCUCCAUGGAAUGCUUCCAGCCUGCCCCCAAGAUGGUUGCACUAAACAGCUGACUGUAGAGGGUUCAAAGGUAUUCCUAUCACCGCGACUCUUAGGCAUCAUGGUGCAACGUAUCAGGGAAGGACAAAUCCCGCCUGCUCAAAAGAUUUAUUGCCCAUACCCCAAGUGCUCAGCGUUGAUGGCGUUAAGUGAAGUGAUACACCCGAUGCAAGAAUCAUCCUCAAAGCACACUGUUGCUGAUGCCGCCACAUUGAGGAAGUGUGUGAAAUGCAGAGGCUCGUUCUGCAUCAGCUGUAAGGUCCCAUGGCAUGACAGGAUGACUUGCUUGGACUACAACAGGAUGCACCCCCAUGCUCAUUCAGGAGAUGCUAAGUUAGAGAGCCUUGCAGAGCACCGGCGGUGGCGCAAGUGUACCAAAUGCAAGCACAUUAUUGAACUUGCAGAGGGUUGCUACCAUAUGACUUGCGUGUGUGGCUACGAAUUCUGCUACACAUGUGGGAAAGAAUGGAAGAACAAGAAACAGACCUGCUCGUGCCUGCUGUGGGAUGAGCGCAAUCUAAUCCGUAAUGAUAUCAGGGGCAAUGUCGUCCGUGAUGAUGUUAGGGGCAAUAUUGAUGUUGAUGAAGAUGAAGAUGACUACGAUGAGGAGGACGACUACUAUGUUCAAGAAGGUCUUCACUAUAACCAGGGAUUUCGGUGAUGGAGGUGGCCUGUCAACAUGACUGUUUCUAGCGUUAGCUUCACUAAUCCACUGUCCAGAAUUUCAGUAUCAGGUUCUUUUGCAGCUAAGUGUACGCUGUCAGCUAUGUCCAUAUGCAGGAUCUCCUUUGCUGUUAGUAUCUAAGUCUAACCUUGCUAUCGUAUCGGUGCUUUGUUUCGUUUGUGGCAGACAUGGAUUUAUGCACUGUGGUAAA